AUGGAGUCUCUCGUUCACCUUCAGCCAGAGAAAGAUGAACAUAAAUCGUUCAUGAUUCUCCCGAUUACGACUGAGGAGGAAAUGCAAAGGUUUGUAAUAGAACCAAUGGCGAAGGAAGGCUGGCGGCCGGGCUUAAAAGACGCCGAGUGUUUUCUCGCUUGUGACCCCACGGCAGCUUUUGUUGGCGAACUGAACGGGAAACCCAUAGCCACAGUAAGAAUCUCAAAAUAUGGCGACAGCUUUGCUUUCAUUGGAGCUUACCUGGUGGAUAAGGAAUAUAGAGGAAAGGGGUACGGCUUGAAGAUCUUCAAUGCCGCCAUGUCAAGUGUGAAGCCAACCAGCAACAUCGGAUUAUAUGCUUUCCUUCACCUUGAGAAAAUGUACGAAAGAGGCGGAUUCCGAAGUUACUUUUAUGCAGCGCGCUAUGACUUCCAUCUCCCAACAGCCAUGGCUUGUUUUCCAGGAAUAGUGAAGAAAAUCUCUGUAGAAGUAAAAGCUAUAGAGGACGUAGAACUAGAGAACUUAUUCCUGUACGAUAGGCAUGUGUUUGGCUUCGAACGUAGCGCGUUCUUAUCGAGAUUGCUUCGUGCAGCGGGUACCCUCGGAUAUGUGGCCGUCAACCGUGAAGGCUCCAUUGUGGGUUACAUUUCUGCCCGACCGACUUUUCUCAAAGAGGAAGGUUACUUAAUAGGACCUCUGUUUGCGAAUUCUAAAGCAAUCGCACAGAGGCUACUGAAGGCUUUGUUCGAGAAGCUUCUUCAUCAAGAGAAAGCUACCCCAUUGGUUUGCAUGGAUGCUUCAACAAAGCAGGGCAUGGAACUUGGAGAAGAACUUCAAGGAAAAAAGGUGUUUGAUUUCGUGUACAUGGUUACAAAGGAUCUCCCUAAUACCUGUUUGGAAAAGCAGUUUGGUGUUACUAACACUGACCUGGGAUGA